AUGGUGUUUGAAAUUAGUAAAUUCAGUUGCCAUCUAUGUGACAGAAUUUGAACUAUCAUACUGUAAGAAAUUGUUUAAUAAGUAUAGUAAUUUAGCGUGAUGUAUUAAAUGUAGUUCUGAACAAUUCUUGUGCUCAGAUAUUGUUUGCGCGCUUUCAUAGAAACGAAACGAUGCCCGGAGGGAUGGGAAGAAUAGAAAUAACUCGGUGAUUUGUUGCAUACUUGAUGGCAGAAGAUUCUUCAGCAAGCAAUAUGGAAGUCGCCGACAAGUUAAAAGAGCUGGGGUGGUUCUUGUCUGCCGAAGGGCUUCAGCAGCUCAGUGAAAAUGAAAAUGUUACAGAUGCCAAAACUCUUGCUCGCAAAGCCCUUGAUUUUGAUCUUCGUGAAAUUGGGGCAGCAGCAUUUCCUGAGGACAUUAAUAAAGGAAAGCUGGACAGUAUUCCAGGUAAAAUAGUUGUCCAAAUACAAAAGAUCCGCAAUGUGUCAGCUCCAAAGGCUAAUGAAGAGUCGAGAGCAGCUCCACGAAUGUUGAAGUUGACGCUGACUGAUGGACACACUUGUUGUCAAGCUGUGGAACUGGAGAGCGUACCAGCACUCAGCCUGAACACUCCUCCAGGCACAAAGUUGUACCUGAAGAAUGAAUCUCUUCCAAUGGCCCAUGGUAUUGUUCUCCUGAAGUCAUCUUGCAUUGAAGUGCUUGGAGGAAGGGUCACACCACUGGUGGAAAAGUGGGAAUUGAAUCGGACCCUGGCAAAGCAUACACGUGGCCGAAUAGGUGAGGAAGGGGGGCCUCCUCCCUGGAUACCAUUUGGACAAAAAAUCUUGAGAUCAAAUCCACAAGAUCGCAAUUUUAAGUCUUUGGAUAGCAACAGAGAUAAGGAGAACAAGGAAAAUGCUGAGUUUGAGGCCCAGAGGAAGGAUGCUAUAGCAGAGGCUGCAAGAGGUGGUGCCAAGAAAAUAUUUGGGGGUGGAAAUAAACCACUUUUAGAUCACAAUGUACAGAAGAUAGUAGAUUAUGGUUUCACAGUGGAACAAGCAGAAUACUCACUCCGACAGAACAGAAAUAAUGUUGAACGAGCACUUCGAGCACUUCAGAAACAAGAUGGUGUACGGCGUGAAGAUGGUCAGAGAGACAGAGAGCGACGGGCAGACGCAAAGACAAAGGGAGGAGAGGAACGAGAGAGAAGGAAGCGGGGAGAGAGGGAAGAUGAAACAGGAGCACCACCUAAACCUUCUGGCAAUGUAUCUUUAUUUGAUUUUGUGCAGGAUAAACUUCCUCUUCAGAAUGAGAAAGAUUUGGAGCAUAAACCUAUUUAUAUGGGCAGUGGGAGUGGAUCGGAACGAAAGUUAGUGUCAUCAGACUUGUUGCAUAAAGGUGGAGCAAAUACAAGGGGUGGGCGAUCGGAGCGUGGGAACAUUUCUCAGUCAAGAGGAAGUGGGGGAAAUAGAGGAGGUAAAGGUAGUCGUGGAGGGAAGGGAGGUGCAUCUUGGAAUGGAAGUGAUACGAAAGACAGAGACAGAGGAAACAGCUACUCAAACUAUCAUCACAGUAAUGUGACACAUAGAGAUGACCGUGUGGACAAGGGAAGACACAAUGUGACAGCUGCUGGAAGUAGUUCAGGAGCAUCCUCACAACAGCAGCAGCAGCAGAAACCACCAAGAUUCCAGAACCAGCAAAGAUACCAGCAGCAACAACAGCAGGCCAUCAAUGAGAGUUCAUAUGGACAUCAGAAUUGGUCCAAUUCAUACAACGAAUCAAAUUAUGGAGGUACAUGGCCUGGGCGCAACUCAGCACCAGACAGUGGUGUAACAAAAUCAAGGGAUAAUUUUGGUGCACCCAGUCAUCAGGAAUCUUACGGAACUGUUUCAUAUAGUGAUAGAAAUAAAUCAGCAAGGCGGCAGCAGAUGGGAAGUGGAGGAUACAGAAAUAAUUUUGAUUCUUCAUUAGAUUCGCAGACAGACCAUGGUCCAGAAGGACAUUACGAUGGUGUCGGAAAUGUUCAGCACUUCGGCCAGCAGCAGGAUAUUUCAUUCAAUUCAGUCACAAAAUUCUCAAAUCAGCGCAGUACAGGUUUAUCAAGUGACACAUUCAACAGCUAUUCAAGAACACAAAAUCAUCAGAAUAACCAAAUAUAUGCCAUGGAUUUUUCAUUCAAAGAAACAUCUCCUAGCACCUUGAACAGUUCGCACAGCAUGUCCAACAUGAACUCUUCACCCUCCUAUGGAAGCAGUGUCUAUUCAUCAAAUGCGAAUUAUGGUGGAAUGGAUCCUUCAGAUGGACUCCCUUCAAACCAAUACAUACCAGACAGCAAGUCAUGGCAAUGGCAUAAGGGAGACAAGUGUAUGGCCAAAUACUGGGAAGAUAAUAUGUAUUACAAUGCUGAAGUGACGGGUGUUUCAGAGCGUACAUGUGUAGUACGGUUUGUGGAAUAUGGCAACUAUGAAGAAGUUCUGCAAGAUGACUGCAUCCCGUUUACUGAGGAUGGUUUAGGUCACAGUAUUCAGCCAUCUAGUGCCUUUCUCAACUGCACCGAAUCUCUGCAAUCUCAGUCAUAUAACCAGAAUCAUUUCUCAGGUAUCUUGGAGUUCCGGAGAGGUGGCACAAGACCUUACAUUAAGAGUGGAGGAGGAGAAGCUGUAGGGAAUCGAGACCGCAGACCUCCACGCAUUCAGCAACAGAUGUAUGUCCCUCCAGCACAACGCAAAUAACAGGAUGCUGACAUGGCACUUCGUAGACAUGUAAAUGUGACAGUGCUAUCCACGUAUUUGGUGGAAUUGUUUUGGAGUAGGAUUUCUGCUAUAAAACUGUAUAAAGAGCCAGUAGGCUAUUGUUGAUAUGUGUUGAGCACAUUAUAAGUUACACUGAAGUGGUAUGUAAAAAGUAUUGUAAACCUGAAUUCUUGCCUUCACUGUUAGUAAUCAUUUACACUUUUAAGUACAACAUUUAAUAUUGCAACCAAUAAUUUUAUUUGAGAGCAGGUCAACUAAUUCUGUUAUUAUACUUGGAAGGUGCUUUGUGUGUGUGUGGUAAUCUGUCGACCAGAACCCUAGCCUGAUUGUGCAUACAACAUUAUGUUGGAUAACGUGAAUUUAAAUAUGGUUUUUACUGGAUUUAUUAGGUAUAGACAUGCAUAUAACUAAAAUUGUUUGUAUUUUACAGAAUUGCUUUGCCUAAAAUAUUCUAUUGGGAAUGAACACUUUUGGUUCCAGUAAGGCCUGUCAUAUCUCCGAGAUUAUCUUCCUUCAUGAUUGUUGUAGUGCAGAAUACAAAUAGUCUUUUGUAUAACUCUGAAGUAGAUAUUAUGGAUUUAUAUUCUUUGUUUUGAGAUAACCUUACAAUAUGGAAAGAAAACUUCAAUAAUGUAUGCAGUCAGUGUUCAUUGGUAUCAUUCCAUUCAAUUCCUCAUUCACACAAAUCCUAGGCACUUUACUUUUGCAGGUACAGUGAAAUCCUGAUUUAGUGUUUCACAUUUAGUGAUUAUUUUCUCUAAUCUAAGCCAAAGCUCAGUAUAAACAGUAUCUUGUUUUCCCACACAUAAUGAAUUUUGAAUUAAUAAAUAACUGCAUUUAGUGUAAGAAAUUUUCACCUUCCAGAACUACUCUUACCUCAAGUUAGUGUGAUUCCAGUUGACAGAACAAUCAUUAUUCAUAUUUUCUGUCUGCCAGAAAUCGUUCCCACACAUCCACUGUGUUUAUUGCUAGAAAUUAAUUUAUUAUUAUUGAUUAUGUAAUUGUAUUUAUUUAUGUAGAGACGGUUUUUUAACUACUUAUGUAAAGAAAUUAUUUUAUCAUAAUUAUAUUCAGUAUGUCUAAUAAGAAGAUGAAAUGUUUCUUGAUGCAGUUUUGCUUAAUCCAUAUUCAGUGAAAACCUCAUUUUAGUAUAAUAAAAGCCAUUCACCCAUUAUAUUUCUUACAUAGGAAUUUCUCGUUACACAUUGCAUUCGAAGCGUUUGUUGAGUAGAUUCUUAUAUGACAGCUUCUUCAUGUAUUAUAUGGGACAGAUAUUCCUGAACAGUUUCAGCUUUGUCCAACAUGCACUAUGUAAGUACAAAUAGGCAUGGAAUCUCCACUCUCCAUCUACACCAUAAUCUUUUUCAUUAUUAUGAAGGGAACAUUUCUGUAUAGGGCUUCAAUCAUGAAAUGGCUCUGGAGACAUAACCAGUCUUUGGCAUAUAUUAUGCCACAGACUUAGAUUUGCUGGUGGUGGAAUUUCAACUUGGCAUUUAUAUUAUUUUUAAAGUGAGAAAUACGAUAAUAAACAGAAAAGCAUAAUAAUUGUAAUAUAUGUGGAUUAAAAAAUGCUAAGUUUU